AUUUGGGAUGAGUUAUUUGUUAUCGGCUACGUACAACAAAUAGAAGCUCCCGUGAGCUUUCAGGAUCCGAAGCGAGUGAUGCAACAGGCAGUUUAGCAUCUGCACAUGUUUUAUUUUUUCUUUAAAUCCUGAAACGGAUCAGUGAUCAGUGAUCGUGGAAUAUCGAUGCGAAAGAGACUGUCUCGGAGAGAUACAUCAUUAUUUGUGUUUUGUGGCAUUAACCAUUAGGAAAUAGUCUAUCAUAGUCUGCAAUGGCGCGCUUAGUGAAAAGUUUCGUUUGCUGUUUACUCUUUCUGAUUCCAGUAGUGCGGAGGAUAGAUGCCCAAACGAAUUACUGCGAUACAUCCUUGUGUAAAAACAACCUCCCUCACGUGGCCUGCGGAAAAAGCGACAACUACGGUCCCUUCUGUCCGGUCAAUCGAGAACUGGUGAUUUUGACGGAAGAUGUCAAGAAAUACAUACUGGAUCUGCACAACCAGUUCCGAAGUACGGUGGCACGUGGUGAUGCGCCCGGAUAUGCACCCGCUUCUCGGAUGCCAACGCUGAUAUGGGACGAUGAGCUGCAACGUUUGGCAGAGUACAAUGUAAAAACGUGCAUCUACGGUCACGAUUACUGCCGAAACACACCCGAGUAUCCACUGGUCGGUCAGAACAUUGCGGCUAAUUCGUUCUAUGGCAUGGAAGUGACCCCGUUGGACACGAUGACCGAGCUCUUGUACAGUUGGUACGGCGAAUACGAAAAUGGAAAUAUGGGCUACAUCGACUCCUAUCCGCUUAUUGGUCAAGAUCCACCGAAAGAUAUUGGACAUUUCACGCAGAUUAUGAUGGAUAAGGCUGUAUCGAUCGGAUGUGCCAUGAUUCAGUACACCCAGAACGAACAGGGCCACGAUUGGGUGCAUCAGAAUUACGUUUGCAACUAUUCCAAUUCGAUAGCACGGGGUCAUCCGGUUUACACGAAGGGAGAGACUUGUUCGCAGUGUCAAACAGGUUGCAGCCAGGUAUAUCCGGGUUUGUGUAAUAUUGGCGAGAAGGUCGAGCCAACAAGGACGUAAGCCGGGAUUCCGAGUGCGGAAUCAGUGUGUAAGUGUAGUUCCAGCUGCAUCGAGAAUGGGAAUGCAAACGGAUGUUAACAGACUUAUUCAAAUCAAGUGUAUGCCCUAAGGACAAUGAUAUAAGUUAUUGUAAAUAGUAAACUAUUAAUGAGAAA